AUGCCUCCAACUCUAAGUCCUGGGGAACUUCUAGAACAACACAAUGAUACCCCAGAAAUCAAUUCCACAUCUCGAAAACCUGGUCGUCCUCCUGGCGUGAGUUUGGAACCAUAUAAAGAUCUUAUAGUCAAACUCUUCGCCGAAGAAAAUACUCCUAUCAUCGACAUUACAAGAAAGCUCAAUCGAGAAUUGGGUCUAGAUGUCUCUGAACGUAAAGUGUCUCGAAGUUUGGCAGCAUGGAAUAUUCGCAAGAGAAAUCGUGGACCCAUCCCUCAAGCUCUCCAAGAUCGGUUAACUUAUCAUUAUAAUUCAAAUCUCAAUGAUGACCAAAUUACUCAAGCAUUGAUUUCCGAAGGGUUCGAAAUAAAAAGAUCGAAUCUGGGGCGCUUACGACAAAAGCUCGGUAUGCGACGAAGGUCUCGUUAUUCGGAAUUUCGCGAAUACUCAGAAGGCCCCGCAGUUAUCAAUACUCCCUCGUCUCACCUACCUUCCACAAUUACACCGAAACCAAAUAAUCCCAAACCAAAGAUGGCACACAAUGCUGGUCUAAUUGUACAAGUCACAGCUUUUGUCGAGAAAUAUAUGAGCGCAUAUGAUGGAUCUCACGACUUCAACCAUAUUCGACGCGUUGUUGGGUUGGCGCAUAGAAUAUACAAGGAGCUUAAGGCAGAGAGGAUAGGCGGCCCAGAAUUAGAUCUGCAGGUUGUCACUUUGGCGGCACUUUUGCAUGAUGUAGGCGACAAGAAGUAUCUCUUACCUGGACAGGAUCCAAAUACUUUGGUGCUAUCAACACUAUUGAGUUUUGGGGCUGAAGAAAAGCUGGCCGUCAAAGUACAGAGAAUCGUUCUUGGAGUUUCGUAUUCGAGCGAGAUAAAGGAUAUGGCAUCAGUGAGGGGCAUGGUCGAGAAAUACCCAGAGCUGGCUGUAGUCCAAGAUGCUGACCGGCUCGAUGCUAUUGGCGCAAUUGGAAUUGGAAGAACAUUCACAUUCGGCGGAGCAAAAGGUGCAAGGGAUAUGGGAGAGACCAUUCAGCAUUUCGAAGACAAACUGGAGAAACUAGGAGGAAUGAUGAAGACAGCUCCAGGCAAACGAAUGGCGAUAGAAAGAACCAAAAGGUUGACAAUGUUCAAGGACUGGUGGGAAGAAGAACAACAAGAAGCUGAAGGUUUACUGCGACCUCAAUCCUAA